UCUCAGACAGUACUCUGAAAAAAUUUAAAAAGUUUAACCAGAGAGAUCGAAGAUCUAGCUAGGCAGAAGUAGUACUACAGAUCGAUCCACCGAUCUCUAGUAUUUGCAGUGAUUUAAUAAAAUAUAUAUAGAGCUAGCUUUAGUGUUCAUAAGAUCCUUCCGGAUUAAUUAAUAAUAUCAAAACUUAGUGGAAGUGGAGACAUUUUGCAGAUAGAUAGUAUAAAAGACUGUAGUGGAUCGGAGGCAGGGAGAGAAGACCGUCAAAUACGGAUUUACAGGCUUCUUUUCUUUGGAAUGUAGAGAAAAUUUAAGCUAUGGCGGAAGAAGGACAAAACCCUGAUGAUCAUGCUCACGACAACGACCUUUCCUGCGACGAAGAUUACUGGAGUGCUGUUAAGCAGCCCCUAAUAAGAACGCAGAAUAAUAAGGGUACUGCAUCCGUAGUAGUAGCUGCUUCAGUUCCUAGUCCUUUGCCACAACACCGGGUGGAACUGGAAGAGCUUGAAAAGGAAUGUUGGCUCCGUAUCCUGUUAUCUAAGGAACACGAAGAGCAUACGAAGGUUUUUGGCUGCUGCUAUGGCUUGCAAGUGGAUGAUCGUCUGUCUCUAAUCGCCUCUCAUGAUCGUCAAGAGGCUGUACACUGGAUUUUGGAUGCUAAUUCUUACCAUUCUUUCUCUGCCUUCACGGUGGUUUUAGCUGUUAACUAUCUGGAUCGUUUUCUACUCACUCAGAACCUCUGCAGGGAAUUGCCCAUGAAGCCAUGGAUGGUGCAGUUGGUUGCUACAACUUGUCUUACUUUAGCAGCCAAAGUGGAGGAGACCCACGUUCCUCCUCUCCUUGAUCUCCAAGUUGACAAAUCAAAGUAUGCAUUUACGCCAAAAUCAAUCCAAAGAAUGGAGCUUUUGGUUCUGUCUCUGCUAGAUUGGAAGAUGAAUCCCGUCAUCCCACUUUCUUUCCUGAGCUACAUAAUCGAAAUGGUUCCUUUGGCAGAUCACAAGCAUGUGGAGCAGUUCUCUGCAAUGUUUGAGCAUUUUAUCCUUUCUCAUGUGCUCCAUGAUUUUAGAUUUGUGCAUCAUGGGGCAUCCGUAGUUGCUGUUGCCGUAACGCUGCGUGUGAUGAAACAAAUGGGUUUUGGCGGUGAGGAUUUUGAUAUCUGCAAGAAUGAAUUCUGCCAUGUUUUUCAAUUCAACGAAGAAGAAUUUGAAGCGUGUUAUCAGCUGCUCAUCCUGAAAUCUGUGUCAAAUGGUGGGCGUGGGCGCAGUAUUGCCAAAAUUCAUGCCACAGAUCGUGUUGACAUUGUUAAAUUGCUCAAUUAGUCAUCCUUUACCAUGAUCGCCCAUCCUCUUUCCGGCUUUCAGCAGCCGAAAUUCUUAUCUGAAUAUGAGAGUUCAUGCAGUAGAGAUAGAUAGAUGAGGUGAAUUACACAAGAUUUAUUGUUGUCCUUAUAGAUUUUUUGGGCAUUAGUUAUUAAAUAAUAUAGAGCUCACUUCAUGUAUGUAUUUCCCUCUCAUUUGACUCUCAAAUUCAGAUAGAAAGCAUAUCAGAGGAUCUGCAAAUAAUAAUAAAAUAGACUUCGUUUAGAUGCA